GCGCUGGCAGGAAGUAGAAGACGGGAGAAUGGCUGAAAUAGGGAUCAACCACCAUUUACUCACGUAUUAAACCUCGAUUUUCUCAUUCUCGAUGUUUAGCUUCGUCUUUAAGUGAGGUCGGGGAUUUAAAAACUCUAUUGCUCACCAUCUACACAUCGCAAAACGUCCACGUCGGUGGGAAGACAAUUUUUGUUGACGUUGUUGAGCGCUUUUUUUGUGUCUGCCUGUUUUGACUUAGUAAAGCAUUCGAGUGUGAAUGGUUGAUUCCGAUUCCGUAUCCUUUCGAUGCAUUCUAAGCAUGCAUCUCAGUAUGCAACCAUGCAGCAUAGUACAAUGCAAAUGUGUUGAGAUGAUGACAUUCUAUCCUUACUAACAGAUCUCUCUAUAUUGCAUAGUGGUGGGUCACAAUGUACAGAAACCACAUGAAAGAUGGUGCUGUCUGAGCCUUACUGGGAUCACCACAUCCCCCUGCCAAAACUGGGACCCUUACAUUCCCGGCUGGUCACUGCCUUUGUUGCCCUGAUCUGUUUCAUAAACAGCUAUGACGGGGAAUUUGUCUUUGAUGAUUCAGAAGCCAUCAUCAAUAACAAGGAUUUGAAUCCUGAAACUCCUCUGAGUAACAUUUGGAAAAACGACUUUUGGGGAAGUAACUUAAGUAGCAACUCCAGUCAUAAAUCCUACCGGCCACUGACCGUCCUGACUUUCAGGAUAAACUUCCUCUUGGCUGGUGGAUUGUCUCCAGUUGGCUUCCACGUGCUCAAUAUUGCCCUCCACUGUGUUAUUUCUGUGUUAAUGAUUGAUGUUUUUGCAAUAUUAAUUGGCGGCCUAGCUCACAACGAUAGAGGGGCAAAACUGAAUCUCUCUCCUAAAGCUUCUUUCCUGGCUGCGCUCUUCUUUGCUGCACACCCAGUUCACACAGAAAGCGUGGCUGGCAUUGUUGGCAGAGCAGAUUUGUUGUGUGCCUUGUUUUUUCAACUCUCCUUUCUAGUUUACUGCAAAGCAUUUCAAGGUGGUGAUAAUAAGUUCUCUGUGUUUUGCAUAAUUGGCAGCAUUCUUCUGUGUGCUCUAGCAAUGCUCUGCAAGGAGCAAGGCAUCACGGUAUUGGGAGUGAAUGCUACUUAUGAUAUUCUAGUGGUCUGCAAUCUGAACAUUUAUGAGAUCGCUCACCGGCUGCUGUCCAGGCGAAAGUCAGCUGAUAUUGGUGAGUUAGUGAGGAACGGUUUGCUAGUGAGGUUGGCUCUUCUCUUUCUUGGUGGAUCUUUUCUUUUAUAUGCAAGAUGGAGGAUAAUGGGAACUGGGCCUCCAUCCUUCACAGAGGUGGAUAACCCAGCAUCCUUUGCUGAGAAUGUCAUCCUGAGGAUUGUGAACUAUAAUUACUACUACUCCUUGAAUGCCUGGUUACUGCUCUGUCCCUGGUGGCUGUGUUUUGAUUGGUCAAUGGGCUGUGUGCCUCUGAUUAAAUCAGCGAAUGAUUGGAGGAUCGUCUGGCCUCUUGUUCUGUGGUGCUGUCUGAUAGGCUUGGUAAGCCAAGCUCUGCGCUCGCUGGAGAGUGAUAAAAGGAGGACUCUGACGUUUGGCCUUGUACUGCUUGUAAUUCCAUUCCUGCCAGCCAGUAAUUUGUUCUUCAGGGUGGGAUUUGUGAUAGCCGAACGGGUGCUGUACCUCUCCUCUGCAGGCUACUGCCUCAUUCUGGCCUAUGCUGUGGGCUACUGUAGCUACCAUUGGAGGAAACACAAGAGGCUGCUGAGAGCGGCCACGUUAAUGCUGCUCUGUGUGAAUGUGGCUCGCUCUGCACAGCGCAGUCAACAGUGGAGAUCUGAACAGAGUCUCUUCACCAGCGCCCUGUCUGUCUGCCCUCUCAAUGCCAAGGUGCAUUAUAAUGUUGGCAAGAACCUUGCUGACAGAGGCAACCAGAGUGCUGCAGUCAAAUACUACAGAGAGGCAGUGAGAUUACACCCCAAGUACGUUCAUGCCAUGAACAAUCUUGGUAAUAUAUUAAAGGAAAGAAAUGAGUUACCGGAAGCUGAAGGGCUCCUGUCAGCUGCAGUUCAAAUACAACCUGAUUUUGCUGCGGCUUGGAUGAAUUUGGGUAUUGUGCAGAACAGUCUGAAAAAGUUUGAUGCAGCUGAAAGGAGCUAUUGGAAUGCGAUUAAAUUCAGGAAGAAAUACCCAGACUGUUACUACAACUUGGGACGUCUGUACGCAGACCUGAACCGCAGCGUAGAUGCUCUAAAUGCCUGGAAGAACGCUACCAUGCUGAAGCCUGACCAUAGCCUGGCUUGGAACAACAUGGUCAUACUGUUGGACAACACUGGAAACCUGGCUCAAGCUGAGAUAAUUGCGAAGGAAGCAUUAAAGAUACUGUCAAAAGAUCACACCAUCAUGUUCUCCCUCGCCAAUGUCCUUGGGAAACAGGAAAAAUACAAGGAGUCGGAAGGUUUCUUUCUUAAUGCUUUGAAGAUCAACCCAAAUGUUGCCAGUUGCCAUGGCAAUCUUGCUGUUCUUUAUCACCGUUGGGGAAAACUAGAGUUAGCAAAGAAGCACUACGAACUGUCUCUUCAGCUGGACCCCAAUGCUCCAGGGACCAAGGAAAACUACAACAUGCUGAGACGCAGGCUAGAACAGCGAUACAGGACUGUUGGAUAAAAGUGUUUUUGAUAUCUGCAUGCAACAAAGUAUUUGUAUGGUCUCUAUGUUAAUAAAUUAAAAUUAAAGUUAUG